AUGGUCUGUUCCUGGAUCAUCGCCCUGGUCCUGUGCAUAAACAUCGUGCUGACGAUUAUCGCGGCGGGCCUUGCGUACUCAAAGAACGGCGAAACAGACCGCUCCUUUGCCGCGUUAUACACCGGAAAAUGCGGGCUCGCAAGGAACUGGACAACAGGCCUCCAUCUGGCCAUCAACGUGCUGAGCACGGUCAUGCUGGGCGCCAGUAACUACUGCAUGCAAUGUCUUGUAUCGCCGUCCCGGGCGGAGGCCGAUGAGGCGCAUAGCAGGAGGAAGUGGGUGUCCAUUGGGAUACCGAAUAUACUGGACUUGGUAUGGAGGCAGAGAGGCAGGAGACAGGUGCUGGGCUGGAUCUUCUUGGUGACCUCAUUUCCAAUUCAUUUGAUUUACAACUCGGCGAUAUUCUUCGUGUAUGGGCCGAGUGAGUAUGUCGCUGUUAUGGCGCCACCCGGCCCCAUGAAAGGGGAUGGAACGGAGCUCUGGGACAAGUGCAUCGAUACCAACAGUUUGAUGGACAAGACGACAUUGGCCGCUGAAAUGAGCCGUCCUGAUCUCCAGGUUCUUUCGAGUGAAGAGUGCUUCGAUACGUUCGCGCAAGACUUUGUCUCUGGGCAGAGACUGGUUGUGCUGGUGACCAACGACCCAAUGCCAGCAGGAGAGCCCGUGGUGUUGAUGGGAGCAGGCAAUUCCGGCAACGUUACUGGCAGUCGAAGCAGCAAUUAUAUGUGGAUGUGUGGUGACCAUCGCUGCACCAAGGAGAUGGCGAGCCAGAUGUGGGAUAGAGGCACAUGGAAUAUGGGCCCGGAUCAUUGGGGAAAUAUCUCGUUCCCAGACAGUGUCCCUAUCCCGGGAAAUGCGUCGUCCUGCAGUAUGGCUCAGGUGCCAGAGCAGAAGUAUCGGAUUGAGUACUGCUUGACAGUCCCAAAGGAGGAAAGCUGUCAACUGGUCUUUAGCCUGCCGCUGUGUCUGGUCGUUAUCGGAUGCAAUUUGGUCAAGCUUAUCUGUGCCCUGUUUACAGCGAGAGACAGCAGAGAUGAGGUGCUUGUCACUACUGGAGACGCAAUCGCAUCGUAUCUUGCGUGUCCUGAUCAGACCACAGAGGGCGUCUGUCUGCUUUCCAAGCCUCUAAUCGACAGGGGAAGUCAGGACUGGCAUAACAAGCCACGACUGCUUCGAUGGAAGUCCGCGGUGCCAAAAGUUCCAGCAGCAUCAUCAACGAAUCCUCUGCAACUGGAGCCUCGAAAGCGAUGGUUAGCAGCCGCCAGUACUGGGCGAUGGGUCCUUGCAAUUGAACUACUGAUCGGAAUCAUUACCUUCGGAAUCUACGUUCUAUCCUUAAGCAUCGUCGACUUUGAAGACUCCCUUCCAGAAAACGACAAUCGCCAGUCCAUCUGGGGCGCCGGACUGGGCGAGGCACGUCCAUCGACAAUCAUGGCAGGGAUGCAGCAGGAUCCCGGCGCCAGCACCAGCAAGAUAUUCGGCAAGGUUCUCCUGCCCAACGUGCCCCAGCUCGUCGUUUCAAGCGGGUAUUUCAUGCUCAACUCCCUGGUAACCGUCAUGGUCGGUGCAAGCGAAUACAACAGCUACGCGAAGCAGCGCAAGCCGCUACGCGUAUCCUGGCCCCGCGGCGCCCAGCGCUCAACCUACUAUCUAUCCCUGCCGUAUAGAUACAGCAUCCCGAUGCUUGUAAUCUCCGCGUUUCUGCACUGGCUCGUGUCACAGAGUUUCUUCUUUGUGCAGAUUGUUGCAUCGGAUAUCGACGGCGUAGAGCGCAAGAUCAUCACCUGCGGCUACUCGCCGGUGGGGAUUAUCUUCACGGUUGUCGUUGGCAUUUUGUUUCUCUUUGGUGUUCUGCUUAUUGGAUUGCGUCGUUUUAGAGCGCCUAUGCCGCUCGCUGGACAGUGUAGUGCGGCCAUCAGUGCUGCUUGCCAUCCGAGCUCGUCGAGUAUGGAUGAUGAGGCGAACCAUGCGUUGAAGCCGGUGCAGUGGGGUGAGAUUCCUGUUUCUUCCUGGCCUUCGAGGGGUAUUCCGAGUCAGAUCAGUGGGUAUGAGAAUCCUUUUGGGACUGGAGGGUUGGAUGUGUUUCACUGUUCGUUCACUUCAGAGGAAGUAGUCGAGCCACAGAAGCAGCGGAAUUAUAUAUAA